AUGUUUUGCACACAGAGUUCUUCCGUGGUUUUGCUGCUGGCACUGUUGAUUUCUUGGGGUGUUUACCAUGGAUUCAAACACCGUUCGGCACCCCUUCCCCCAGGUCCAAGGCCACUGCCAUUCGUCGGCAAUGCACUCCAGAUGCCAAGGCAUAACAUCGCACAAUCUCUGGCCUCGCUCUCCGAGGAAUAUGGUGACGUGAUCUAUAUGCACGUCUUCGGGAUCAAAUUCAUCAUCCUCAACUGUGCGGAGGCGGUUCUCGAGCUCCUGGAUCACCGUGGGGCUCUCUACAGCGAGAGACCACACUCGGUCAUGGCGAUGGACAUGAUUGAGAAGAAGCACGCGGUGCUGUUUCACCAGUAUGACGAGAACCUCAAGAAGCACAGGCGGCUUCUUCGCAACGCCGUUGAUGCCAAACGCUCGGAGGACUAUUGGCAGAUGCAGUACGCAGAGUCACACAAGCUCAUGGCGGCAUUCCUGACCUCCCCGGACGAUUUCAUCGCCCAUCUGCGGAGGUCUGCGGGUGCGUUCACGCUGCGGCUGGCGUACGGCUACGAGGUUCAAGGUGGUCCUGGCGAGGAUGCGUUUGUGAACCUGGCAGAGGAACUUGCUCGCGUGACCGGCGUGGCCUCCGAACCUGGUCGUUGGCUGGUGGAUGCAUUCCCAUGGCUGCGCCACGUUCCUGCGUGGUUUCCCGGUGCAGGCUUCCGCCGGUGGGCCGACCAUGCUCGGAGGAUUAUUGAUGACUUCGCGACCCAGCCGUAUCUAUCUUCGAAGGAGGCUGCUCUGCAGGGUAUCAGUUCGUUUGCCUCGGAGACGACGGAGUUUGUGGAAGCCGAGACCGGGCGUCCGUUAACUCGGGACGAAGACGAGUUCUUGAAGUGGACAUCGGCAAGCAUUUAUUCAGUAGGUGGUACGGAUACGGCUGUUGCUGUGAACAGCGCCUUCCUUCUUCUCAUGGCGCUCUAUCCUGCCGCCCAACGCAAGGCACAGGACGAGAUUGAGACCAUUGUCGGGAAGGACCGCCUUGCUGUCAUGGAAGACAGGCCGCGGCUUCCGUACAUCGAGGCUCUCAUGAAAGAAGUACAUCGGUUCAUCCCGAUCACACCGCUUGUGCCGCACAGCACGCGGGUCGACGACGAGUAUCGUGGGUACCGUAUUCCAAAAGGCAGCUGGGUGAUCGCGAACACAUGGGCGGUUAUGCGUGACCCGAGGCUGUUUCCAGAGCCUGAGGUGUUCUGGCCGGAGCGGUACCUCGCCGAGGGAAACAGAUGCACGGAGGACCCUCGGGACUACGCAUUUGGAUACGGCCGGAGGCGGUGCCCUGGCGUGCACGUUGCUGAGUCUUCUUUCUUCAUAUUCGUCACACACUUCCUGGCCGUCUUCACCGUCUCUAAUCCGGUGGACGAACGCGGCCAGAAGCUGACAAGCCCCGGCCCCAGUACGGAUGCACACAUUUCACAUCCGAGACCGUUCCGCUGCACCAUCAAACCGCGCAAUCAGGCACUCACAGAACUCAUCGUCCAGCUGAAAUCCUUUUCAUGA